AUGGGGGCCUGUUUCGUUGGUAAUUCUAUUUCGUAUCCCUUUUCCAACCAUCACGGAUGAAAAAUGGGGUUGGUUGUCAAACCUCUUUUCUUUCGUCGCCGUUCAUCUUACGGUAGGUCAGAAUGCCUUUCCUCGCCAAAGAAACAAUCGAUAUUCCAACUAGGGACGUACUGUCCUGGACUUGCGAUGGUCCGUCUUUUGACCAGGAUAAGCCAAUUUAUAUCGAUGCAACAGAUCCUUCCAAGGCGAUAUCCGCAGCACAAGCAAAGUCCCUGAUCAGGCAACUUGUCGCAGGCUUCAGGAGCGCAGGAAUAAAGCAUGGAGAUACUGUACUCAUCCACUCUUUUAACAACUUGUAUUAUCCCAUCCUCGUUCUCGGCAUCAUCGGCGCAGGAGGCGUCUUUACCGGCACCAAUCCAAGCUAUACGCCCCACGAACUCAAGCACGCAAUCCAAGCUUCUAAGGCGCAGCUUGUUAUCACUGAGCCCGAACUUCUUCAAUCGAUAGGCACUGCUGCAAAAGAAUCCAGCAUGUCUCCUUCUAAGAUCCUCAUCUUCGAUGCAGCCAACAGCCAGGCUAUUCCAUCAGGUUUCCAGUCAUGGCGCACCCUCCUCAAGCAUGGUUCCCAGGACUGGACUAGCUUCGACUCCUUGGAGAUCUCCCAGAACACGACUGCAAUGUUGCUCUUCUCCUCUGGAACAACUGGCCUCCCGAAACCGGCAAUGGUUUCCCACUACAAUCUGAUCGCACAACACAUGAUAGUCUUCGAGCAUCGGCCGCGUCCUUACGAGAUCUCUCGCCUUAUCGCCCUCCCGAUGUUUCAUGCCGCCACUGCGCCUUCCACCCACGUUUCGCCGCUGAGAAGCGGACAUGUACAGGUCAUCAUGCGGCGCUUCGAAGUCAACGCAUUUUUGGAUUACCUAGAGACUUUCAAAAUAAGCGACCUAACGCUCGUCCCACCUAUGGUCACUGCAAUCGUCUUAUCACCCAUGGAAACAGAAGAGAAAAAGAGAAAGCUCAGGCAUACGAAAGCAGCGCUAGCAGGAGCUGCACCACUCGACGCAGCCAUGCAAGCACGUCUACAAGCCCUCAUGCCACCGACUUCACCCUUCACACAGAUCUGGGCUAUGACGGAGACAUCCUGCUUUGCAUCGCUGUUCCACUACCCCGAAGACGACGACACAGGCUCUGUCGGCAGAUUCCUCCCAAACCUCGAUGUCAAGCUUCUCGAUGACGAGGGCAACGAUAUUUCCGCUCACGGCGUGCGGGGCGAACUAGCAGUCCGUGGACCAACAGUGAUCCGCGGCUACAUGGGCGUUCCGCAAGAGCAAAACUUCGACGCCGAAGGCUAUUUUCGCACCGGUGAUAUCAUGUACUGCGAUCCAGACACUCACCUAUGGUACAUCGUCGACCGCAAAAAGGAGCUCAUCAAAGUGCGCGGAUUCCAGGUCGCUCCUGCUGAGGUGGAAGGCGUGCUGCUCGACCAUCCAGAAAUUCUAGAUGCGGCCGUCAUCGGCAUUCCCAGCGCUGACGGUGACUCGGAACAUCCGAGGGCUUAUGUGGUGAGGAGGGCGGAUGGAGAGGGUCUGAAUGAGGGAGAAGUCAUGCGAUGGGUGGAAGAGAGGCUGGCGAAGUAUAAGAGGUUGGACGGCGGGGUGGUGUUUGUGGACGGGAUUCCGAAGACGGCGAGUGGGAAGAUAUUGAAGAGGGUGCUGAGGGAACAGGCGAAGAGGGAGGUUGGGGCCAAGCUGUGAACUAUUUUCAUAGGCGCUUGGAAGAGUUUAGCAGGUCUGUCGAUUGUACAAUAAGCUCCCAAUUGCACGACGUCCGCCCGCCAACCCAUCGCUCUCAUACCUCUCAAGCGCGCUAUGUCGUGCCAGAGCAUUACAGACUCCAUGAAGCUCUGGUCGCAACUCCGUUGUCAAACUAUCCGCUAAUAAUCAAACCAUCUGCCGAUCAAGUCCAACACGUCGGUAGCAUACUCGCCCGCAGAUUCCAUGAGCUCCCGAUGUACCGUGGAAUCCCUGAAAUGCCCGUGGUGCAUGACGAUGAAAGCUACUACCAGCUGCCUUAGCGGAUCCACCCUGCCCUCCGCCCUAUUCU